UGUUUCUUUACAUUUAUGGAUCGGCUUUUAUUAGCAAAGAAAUGUGCGAAGAUAAUCGCACCCGUCUGUCGCGAAAUGGCUUAUUAUCAUAUCGAAUGGAAACCAAAACCAUUUCCCUGCACUAAGGCUGAGCGUGAGGCAGCAGCGAAACGGUAUAACCUCCUACCAUCAGAUUACAAACCAUUCGAAGACGAUGGAUUAGCACCCGGAGAUUACUUUAAAGUUGAACCGUAUAACGUAAACAACCUUGAUCCUUGGGAACCCUACGACUAUCCACGUAGCAGACGGAAUUACAACGACCCUGUUCUAUUUAAAGCACACAUGUAUUCUUCGACUGGAUACGAUCCUGUAUUGUUGAAAGAAAGACUCGGAGGACAUUCAAUACCGUGGGUGCUCUUCAAGACAUUUUCACCGUUAUUUGUUCUCACAUUCCUGCUUUACAUUGGCCAAAUGUUCGGCUACUUCUCACCACUGAAAGCCAAACAAUUCCCGCUUGCCGAAGACAGAGAUAACCACUAUACCUUUGAAAGACCUGAAUAG